UGAUUUUGUUUUAUGUCUUCCAGCUGUUCAAACUGUCGUUUGUAGUAAUACAAACCUCAGACUUGAACGUGUUGGGGUAGCUUUAUUGAACCAGUGUGGCUUCAAAAAAUUCAAUAUGUGUCGUUGUCGAGGCCUAAGCGGAGAAGACACCUGUUCACAGCAUGUUUUGGGGCUUACUGCGUGGCGAAAAGCCAAAGUACAGGACAUUGAUACUUGCUCAGACCACUGCCCAUAUACUUGUAAUAAUGUUUUGAUACACCAACAGCUGAGCAGUGAAAAAGAGUAUAUUGUCAAGAGUUCCAUACGUCAUGUCGGAACAAUCACUGAUAUAUGUAAUGAUGAUUUGGAUCUCCCAGAAGUACAACUCCAGAGCUUGGUAAAAGAUGACAUGCCUAAGUAUGCUCUUCGAGCAGACAUCGUCACCGAAUUCUCAG